CAGGCGCAGAAAAGGGGGCGGGGGGACUCGACUUGUUGUGUUGCUGCCCGAGAGCCGGAUACUGUCGUGCCGCGGCCGCGCCGCUCCCAGUCUCCCGACCAUGUCUCACUUAGUUGAGCCGCCGCCACCCCUGCACAACAACAACAACAACUGCGAGGAAGGGGAGCAGUCCCUGCCGCCGCCCGCCGGCCUCAACAGUUCCUGGGUGGAGCUCCCCAUGAACAGCAGCAAUGGCAAUGAGAAUGGCAACGGGAAGAAUGGGGGGCUGGAGCACGUCCCUUCCUCAUCCUCAAUCCACAAUGGAGACAUGGAGAAGAUCCUUCUGGAUGCACAACAUGAGUCAGGACAGAGCAGCUCAAGAGGAAGUUCUCACUGUGACAGCCCUUCACCACAGGAAGAUGGACAGAUCAUGUUUGAUGUUGAGAUGCACACCAGCAGGGACCAUAGCUCUCAGUCAGAAGAAGAAGUUGUUGAAGGAGAGAAAGAAGUUGAGGCUUUGAAGAAAAGUGCAGACUGGGUAUCAGACUGGUCCAGUAGACCUGAAAACAUCCCACCCAAAGAGUUCCAUUUCAGACACCCUAAACGUGCUGUAUCUCUAAGCAUGAGGAAGAGUGGAGCCAUGAAGAAAGGGGGCAUUUUCUCUGCUGAGUUCCUAAAGGUCUUCAUCCCGUCUCUCUUCCUCUCUCACGUGUUGGCUUUGGGGCUGGGCAUCUAUAUUGGAAAACGACUGAGCACACCUUCUGCCAGCACCUACUGAGGGAAACGAAAAGCCUCUGGAAAUGCGCGUGGCCUGUGAAGUGGUGUAUUGUAGUUUGAAUUUGAGACCUAUUGUAAGCAUGAUCCCCAACCUACAACCCCAUUUUUACAUACCCAAUUCCAGUAACUCUCAAAUCCAGUAUUUUCCUGAGGCUCUGUGAGGCAUUUUACUACCCUUGUUCCCUUUUUGGCCUGUAAGACACUUCAGAGAUUCCUAACAGAGUUUACUGUCGUUUAGAAAUUUGCAAGGGCUUUUUUCCGCAAUGCCACCAGCAGAUGAUAAUCUUGUCAACAAUGCCAUCGUCUCCUCUUAGUACCACCAGAGUCACACCUGCAUCAUCCAUGCUAGAAACUGGAUUCUAGCCAUGCAACUACAUCUCUUUCUAAAUGAGGUCAGGUUUGCAAACAAUACUAUAAAAGCUUUGUUUAGUUUUUGUUUUCCAGGACAAAAACAAGCUUCCCUAAGCUUGAAUUUAUAGUUAUUAAAAACAAAAGAAAACAAAACCAAAAAAAAAAAAAGCAAGACACAAGGAAAAAAAUAUCCUGGGCAAUAAAAAUUACUUUCAACCAGCUUUGGAGCCACUGUUUUCCUAAGCCUCCUGUCCGCCUGUAGGAGUGACAGACAGGAACUAGAAGGCUAGAACAUACUGGCAGAUUCUAACAUUAGAGUGUUGCAAUGCUAUCUUUUCUAUGAUAGAGAAUCUUUAUUUUUAAGGAAUGCCUCAGGCCUAGACAUACAUGAAAUUGCUUUUGAGAUUUUUGUGCGUUUGGUAUUUUCAUGUGUUAUCUGCAUGUGAAUUUCUCAUGACUUUCUUUACUUGUUUUUCUAGUUUCUUUUCUCUCUCUCUUUUUUUUCUAAGAAGAGACUUGGAACGAGUCUGAUUCGUGGUGUUACUAGAGGCUUCUUGUCUUAGGAAGCUUUGCUUACACCCUGAAGCCUUUGCACUCUGAAGAAUAACUUCAGAGUUACUCCAAGCACUUGUGUAUCUUCAGAAAGCAGACCUGGAUUUUGGGAACAGUUGACAAAGUUCUGGAAAGAUGCCAUUCAUUCUCUGUGGUCCCUUACUUCCUGCCGUUGGCUGCGGUCUUCUCAAUGCGUCCCUAGGAUCUCGCAGGCCCUGGUGACUUUCUCACGUAGUUGUCUUUUCAGUUCUGCAAUACUCAGAAAAUUCUUUGAAUGGCAGACUUUCUUUUGUCUGUUUCUAAAAUGUGAAGCGCUAGGACCAAAUUGUUAGACAGCAUCAGGAUUGCAGAUUAUCUCAAGUAGAUUUUGUUGGAUUAAAGAACAUAGCACGACUCUAAAGGAUUCUGUUUUAUAUAUAAUUAAUUACUGUUUAUGAUGUAGACUUGCUAUAGUUGCAGAACCUUUGUGAAUUUCAAAGCUAGCAACCUACAUGGUGCACCAGGUUGACUUGAAUAAAUAUGGCAACCAGGUUUGCUAGCAUGUAGAAACUAACUCCUCUCUCACAUAAAGAGUUAUAAAAUUGGUGUGUUAUAUGGAAAUGGAAAGUAACACAGCUAGGAAGACAUUUCUAUCGUUUUUCAAGAACAUAGUUGUUUAUCUUUAAGAAAGAUAAUAUAUCCAAAAUAGUUUUUGUGAGUUGUUUUCUUUCUAGCAUUUAAUGUCUAAAGGAUUGUGGGCGUCUUUUGCCCUUUUCCUGUCUUGCUCUUAAACCUGGUGACGCUUGAUUUGCCUUCUCGCCUAUUUAUUUCAAGUGUUUGUCUUUGAAUUUCUUUAGGAAGAAAGUAAAGCCAGUGGCCUGUUUAUUUGUUUGUUUGUUUUUGAAAAGCCUGAGUCAGAUUGGCAAGGCUGCUGAAGCUAAACUACAGCACGGUUGGCAGUGCUUGUGUGUGAGCAAGCGGAGCAGUCGCUCAUUAGGUGAUCUCACAGGCAGACGUCACCUUCUUCAUAAGUUCAGUAGCAGUUUAUCAGCAGUGCCAUCGGACUGUGGGGACACUGAGGAUUUUGUUUCUACAUUAUAGCUGAGUUUAGUUUUACCAUGUGUGAAAGUAUCAGUAAGAUCAUGGAACACAUCACAGUACAACUGCCCACCAGUGAGCUUGUGUGGUGUUGAUUUGCAGCCCUGACAUACGGGAUGUUUAUGUUCCUACACAGAUUCUCAUUGAGUGAAAACAGAUUGUCCUAUUGCAAAGCAGAAUUCAACCAGGAGUUGAAAUAAAGAUAAUGUUUGAAAAGCUUUAUUCCUGUUUACAGUUUGGAAUGAAAAGCAGGCUUCGUUUUAAGUUUGAUGAAAACUGGCUCAGAUGUUUGUAAGUCAAGUGGAAAGCGGCACAGAGAACAGCACAACAGAGUCACUCGGUUACAGUAAAGAGUGAAAUGGAGACUCAGCCCGUGAGACGAAUCUCACAGUGACCCAGUUGUUGGAACUGCUGGCAUUAACUGAGCCAGAGUGAUGAGCAUCCUUCGUCUGUCUCGUCAGCACUCACGUCAUUUUCCUUACAGUUUACAGAACACGUGUAACUUGUAGCUAUAAACAUUUUGUGCCAUUAAAGAUCUCACAAAACCUG